CUUUAGCAUUGAAAAACCAAAGUAAGUGGAACUGACUGGAGUAGUGGAGCAUACGGUCCCAUAUGGUGUGUAUCGUCGCCGGCUGCCCAUCGCAAUCGUUUAAAGGGGCUGUGACAUUAUAGCAGCAAUCGUUUGCACAAAGCAUAAUACUGUGAUGAACUCGAAACUCGAAAGGGUUGAAUCAUCCCAAAAUUCUCACUUCUCGGUUUACGUAAGUGGCAGCGAAAUAUGUUGAGGAGUACAGAAAUGAAGGGAUUGACUCUUGUACCAAAAAAGCUGGAAUAAGUAUUUUUUUUCAUAAAUCGGGGGAUUUUUAUGAAAUUUGCGUCAGCCUUUUUUUUUCUUUUUUCCUGGCCCGAAUCCAAAAUAUGUUUGGACCUGCCAAGUGCCAACCAUCACUAAAACAUCUUAAUUUGUGUCAUUCAAAAAUUCUCCUCCCUCCAAAUUCAUUUGAUAAACACAAGCACCAUGUCUUCAUCUUUUUCCAAACACUUUGCCCGCUUACAAAUCCCACUGAAAGAUAUAGCAUCCGCCACCAACAACUUUUCUGAUACAAAUCUGAUUGGAGAAAAUGCAUUGAGAAAGACCUACAAAGGAAAACUCUCGCGAUCUAAACAACAGAUUGAUAUCGUCGCCAAGAGGCUACUUGGUAAAGAUGAAUACAAGAAGGCUAUAUUGCAGGCGGAGAUUUCGACUCUUUCUAGUCUUAAGCAUGAAAAUCUGGUCUCUGUUGUUGGGUUCUGUGAUGAGAAAGAUGAGAAGAUCAUCAUAUACAAGCAUGAGGCCAAUGGAAGUCUUGAGAAACAUCUGAAAGACCCGUGUCUUACAUGGAUACAAAGAUUGGAAAUAUGUGUUGGCGUUGCACGUGCAUUAAGUUACAUCCAUUAUGAUAAGGAACGCAAUUUUAGCCUCAUACAUUGUAACAUCACGAGCUCCAAGGUUUUACUAGAUGUCAACUGGAAUACCAAGUUAUCAGAUUUUGAAUUUGCCAAGAUAGUAACAGCAGCUCGAAGAAACCGACUUAAAUUUGCAAAUUUUAAUGGCACGAAAGGGUAUAUAGACCCUAGUUAUAUAAAGACUGGAUUCGUAUCUCACAAAACGGACGUGUACUCGUUCGGGGUUGUAUUAUUUGAGGUCCUCUGUGGAAGGAGAGCAUAUGUUCCUUGGCAACAAGAUUGGCAAGAGGACAUUAAUGUGGGAAAACUAGAGGAGAUUGUAGAGGAAGACAGGGGCUCAUCUCAGUGCACAGCGGAAUCGCCAUCAUUGGCCAAACACCAUUCCAUUGUGACAAAGCAGGAUGCUGUGGAGGCGGGGUCGGUCCAAGAUACAUCAGACAACUUUCCUAUGCAGAUGCUGUCGUUGGAGGAUCUUGACUGGAGGCGAGGAAGAUCACAAAUGGGGAUUUCGUUUGGGGAAAUGGUGCACUUCAGGCCAGACUCAUCAGAUUUUGUCGGGAUUUCACUUGUGGGACAUAAGUUUAAGAAGUUUUACCCCUUCGAAAGUCAAGAGAAAGAGUUGUUAGCUCCAUUGGCCAUAUCCCAUUAUGAAAACGGAAAAUUAGAGGAUAUGAUCAAUCCAGAUCUCUGGAGGCAAAUAGAAAAAGAUUCAUUAGAAAUCUUUUCAGAAACAGCCUAUAGCUGCUUAAAGCAGGAACGAGCAGAACGCCCACACAUAGAUCAAAUCAUCAUAAGACUUGAGAAAGCCUUGGAUCUGCAAAGGAAACAUGAAAAUAGUUUAAGAGUAAUAAAGGCAAAAUCAGAGGUUGAUGCUGAUGUUGAAGGUCCAUCAACCACUAAAUUCAAGUGGAAGGGCAUGGAACACUUGAUGAUUGGAUAUAAUGAUAUAGAGGUGGCCACACAGAAAUUUACUGAAAACCGCAUUGGGUACGGUGCAUUUGGUGAUGUCUACAAAGCAGAGCUUGAACAUUUUGAUAGUGAAAAAUAUUCCUCGGCGGUAGAAGAAAAGGAUUUAAGUAGUCUGCCCAAGAUAUGCAGCACUGUAGCUGUAAAACGCCUCUUCAAAAGAACAGGCACACAAGCAGACACAUCGUUUGCUGCAGAAAUUAAGACUCUUACAAGUUGUAAGCAUCCCAACAUAGUCUCUCUUCUUGGAUUUUGUGAGGAAGAUUCUAAUAAGAUGCUCCUGGUCUACGAGUAUGUUCCCAAGGGAAGCCUUGAUGACAAUUUGCGAAGUAAAGAUAACAUGAUUAAUCUUAAAUGGGCAAUGCGUCUGCAAAUCUGUCUUGAUAUUGCAGAGGGAGUAAAUUACCUUCACACCCAAAAAAGGAUAAUACACCGAGACAUAAAGAGUGCCAACAUUCUGCUGGACCAUAAGUGGAGGGCAAAGAUUGCCGACUUUGGGCUCUCCAAAAUCAUUCCCGAGAGUCAAAAGGCCAGUUAUCUCCAUACAAAAGUUUCAGGUACACCAACGUAUUUGGAUCCAGAAUAUAAGAACACAAAGAUUUUGAAAGCAGCAUCAGAUAUCUAUUCUUUGGGAGUUGUUCUAUUUGAGAUUGUAUCCGGAACUUUGGCCUAUGAUACAAGAUACACCAAGGAAAAUCCCAUGGGGAUUGCACACUUCGCCCGACAACACUUCAAUAAGGGAACACUAACGUCAAUGUUAGAUCCUAUUCUAAAGGAAGAGAUUGAUGAAAACAAUUUUACUUUAAGUAAAGGGCCCAAUCAAGGUUCUUUGAAUACAUUCCUAAAUAUCGCACAUAAAUGUUUGGCAGAGACUCAAGUCGACCGUCCGAAAAUUGGAUAUGUCAUAAGUAAAAUCAAGGAUGCAAUGAUUCUUCAAGAAAACCACAGGGAUAAUCUCAAGAUUUCACUUGAAGACAUAAAAUUGGCCACUAAUAACUUCAGUGAUAACAACCUCAUCGGAAGAGGAGGAUCUGCAAGAGUUUACAGAGGGGAAGUUACUCGCGCUAACCGAUGUCAUACAGUUGCUGCAAAACGAUUGAAUAGCGAUGGUGGUCAACACAAAAAUGAAUUUAUGACCGAACUUGAAAUUCUUCAGGAUUAUAAACAUGAGAGUGUCAUUAGUCUUGUAGGCUUUUGCUACGAAAUUGUCGAAAAUAUUAUUGUUUAUGAAUUUGCAUCUAGAGGAAGUCUAGAUAUGCACUUGAAGGACUAUGCCCUUACGUGGAUGAAACGGCUUCAGAUAAGCAUUGAUAUUGCCAGCGGGUUGGAUUUCCUUCAUGGAUCUGGAGGCGAUAGACAAGAGGUGGUGAUACAUAGAGACAUCAAAAGCUCAAGCAUUCUACUCACUGAUGAUUGGAAAGCAAAAAUUUGUGAUUUUGGGCUUUCAUUAAUAAGUCCAAUAAAUAGUGAAAUGGACUUUGUCACCGACAAUGCUUGUGGCGCAAUAAAUUAUCGUGACCCAGUGUACUUGAAACUGGGCUACUUAACAGCGCACUCUGACAUCUACUCGUUUGGUGUAGUUUUAAUUGAGAUCUUAUGUGGAAGAUUAGUACAUGAAGACAACAGUAUCCAAAUUGCAGAUCUAACAGAUUUGUAUAAAAAUCAUUAUGAAAAUGGAACACUAGAUGAGAUCCUGUUUGGAGGUAUAAAGGAACAAGCUGUGCCAGAAUCAUUGAUUACAUUUCAAAAUCUUGCUUAUGAAUGCUUAUAUCAUGAAAGAGAAAAGCGACCAACAACACAUGACGUGCUACUACGACUGAAGAAAGCAUUGGAAUUUCAAGAAGAUUAUGUAAUAUGGAAGCCCAAAUUGCCUAAUGACUAUGAAGAAAUAUUCAAGAUGUCAAAUUCUUGUGAUGUCUACUCUACCGAAAAGAAAAAGGAACUCUACAACAUGCUCCGCAAAGGAAUCCUUCUUCAACAUGACAAAGUGUUGUUUUCACUAGGAGAUAAUGGAGAAAGAAAUGAAAUGAUAUCAGCACGAAAGUUUUCAUACAAACACCGUCUGUCACAUAAGUGGCAAUCUAUUCCUGAAUCAAGGUUUCCUAAAGUAGCGAAGAUGUCAGAUCUUUCGAAUCUAAAGAUCCGAUUAAAGAUAAGACCUCAACUUUUAGCUCGUGGUGUCAAUUAUAGUGUUCAUCUCUUCUUUAAAUUUUGUGGUCCAAGAAAAUCUCUAGCUAAAGGGAUGUACGUGAACUUGAAGUACAAAUUGGGGAUCGAGACCUUACAUGCAUAUUUUGCAACAUGGAGAGAAGAUGGGUGGAUGAUGAUUGAAUUGUGUCGAUUCUCAAAUGACAAGGAAGAUAUUGAUUUUGAGUUUCUACUAGAGAGCUUUUCACGAUGCUAUUGUGGAAGUCGUGCCAUCUAUGUCGAAGGCAUUCAGUUUCUAGCCAUUGACAAUGUGAAAGAUGAAGAAAUUGAUGAAUUAAAGAAUGUCCCAAAAGUCUUGAAAUCAGACUUAAACAUGGACCAGUUGCAAAAAUUAAUGCCAACUAAUUGUGAAGAAAUAUUUAAUGAUGGUGAAAAGAUUCUUUUGCUGGUGAAUGGAAAGAAACAUCUUAUGCUUUCAGCGAAGGCGGCUCUUUUGGAAUAUCCUAAUGCAAUGCCAUUUCAAAUGAAACCAUCAACUCAAUCCAGUUUUGGGGAGGAGAUCGAGCUCCUUCCACAACAAGUACUUUGUAUCAAUUGCAGGAUAAAAAGUGAAUGGUUAUCCGGAGAUAUGGAGUAUGUGUGCUACCUUGUGUUUAAGAUUUCAGAAAAAUGUAUUGGGCUACAUUAUCCUGUGAAAGUACAUAAUUUACUCCAUGGAAACAACAAAAAGCCUGAAAUUCUUUAUUUUAGAUGCCCAAGGCCUUGGAAUUUACAUGAUACAACUCAAGCUCCAAAACAACGGGCUGAUGGAUGGAUGGAGGUUAGGGUUUGGAAAUUGAACUCAAAGCACAGACUUGAAAAUGAUCAUUUUCAUGUCAAAUUGAAACUAAUUAUUUAUGAAGGAACUAUGUCAGGCCUUAUCUUAUGUGGUCUGGAAUUUCGAGCAGUGUAAGAAUAUAUACAAUGAAAUGAUGAAUGCAAACUCACUCAACAAUACAUCUGUGCAUUCUUAUGUAUAUAUUGUAUUUUUUAUAUAAUAAAUAAACAUGUAGCAAUAUAAUCGCAACAAUCUUUAUAAGA